UGUAACACAGCCCACUUUAGACGGAUACUAAGCAAAUAUCAUAGACAAGUAAAGCCCUGCAAGAAAAUUAAAGGGGUAUUACAAAGGGUUUUACACUAAGAGAACUGUAAAGUUAGUGUUGAGGACCGCAGACAUACUGUUUGGUCGCAUAAGAAUACUACAGGAAUAUUAUAGAGAUCCAGAAAAGGAAACUUGACGGUCCCUAUAAAGUUUCUAUUGAAUACCACAGACUCACAAUAAGUCCCAUCAGGAUUAUUCUAGGGCGAGUAGAGUGACUUAAGGGGCGCACACUCACACGCACUCACGCAGGACGCCCCAGCACGCCGCAGGAUGGAUCUCCCUCCAGUCCGAGGUUUAUCUGAUGUGCCGUGAGAGUUGGGAGCAUCCUGCCCCAGCCCCGGCCCCGGCCCGGCCCCGAGCCCUGGUGUCCCCCUCCCCGGCUCACCAGGAUGGACCCUGCCCAUUCCUUCAGGAUGGAGCUGGAUGGGCUGGACCUUCAGCAGGUCCCUGUGCUGUCCCUUGACCAGAUCCGUGCCAUCCGGGCCAACAACGAUUAUUUGGACCGGCCUGUGGCACUGGAGCCAGCCUCCCAGUCUGGAUUUUUCUUUGCCCAUGAUGAGCGCUACCCUCAUGGAGGAUACCCCCAUCAACCCCAGCCUGCCUUCCACUCAGUGCUGCCCCGAAGCCAAAGUCAGCACCAACACACCCACCUAGCUCACCUGAGUCGCUCUAGCACCAUCAGCUCUUCUAUGUCUCGGACCAGUGCCGCCUCAGACCAGCGGCUGCUGGCAGGCCUGACUCCCUCCCACUCCAGCCUUGGCUCGGUGGUACGUGCCCAGCCCAAAGGAGAACUGAAGCCAGAGGCUUCAUUGGGUAAAGGCCUGGCAGAGGAUGAGACCGAGCUGGGCCUGCAUCUUUUCAUCUGCGAGCGAUGCGGCCGCUGUAAAUGUCAGGAGUGCUGCACCCCGCGCCGCCUGCCCUCCUGUUGGGCCUGUGGCCAGCGUUGCCUCUGCUCCGCUGAGAGCGCUGUGGAGUAUGGCACCUGCCUAUGCUGUGUCAAAGGCCUCUUCUACCACUGCUCUGCCCAGGACGACGAGGACAACUGCGCUGACCGGCCUUGCUCCUGCGCCCCGGCCCACGCCUGCGCCCGCUGGGGCACCAUGGGGCUGCUGGCACUUUGCCUGCCCUGCCUCUGCUGCUAUCCCCCUGCCAGGCUGUGCCUUGCCCUGUGCCAGUGUGCCCACGACCGUGCCACGCGCCCUGGCUGCAGAUGCAGUAACACCAACACAGUGUGCCGCAAGAUCUCCGCCUCCAACCCCAACCCUGGCCAUCCACCGCUGCGGAGCAAGGCACUUGAGAAGCCAUUAUGACAGGCAGGGACUGGAGCCAAUUAAACCUGUUUCUCUCAGCCAAUCAACAGUGCCAUGACAGCGGAUGUCAUGGCAACAAUGCCAUGCCUAUUGUGACCCACCUACCUAUGUACAACCACCCAACCCGCCAAACCAAACUGUGAGCUGUGGUUCAUAAUGUACCUAGUAUUUACUUCUCCAGCUCAGGAGGGACCAAAGCUUUACUGUGCCUGUUCACUUUGGAGAUUUUCUACCUAAAAACAAAAAGAAACACUAAAGCCCUGAAGACAAUAAUGAGCCUUGCUGGACUGCCUGCCAACCUUAACCAAGACUUCCAGACAGACAGGCAGACAGAUAGACAGACAGGUGAACAGACAGGCAGACAGAGACAUGGAUGAAGAGGCAGACAGACAGACAGACAGAUCACUUAGCCACUGGUGGUGUAAUUUGGACAUGUUGAAAUCUAUUUAUUUAUUUAUUGUUGAACCUCCCUCCUCCCCACCCUCAGCGAGGCAUAGAGCAGAGAUGGGCAGCGGAGGGCAGCGGGCCGCUACAAGUCAGGAAGGAAAGAAGCCAGAGGCAGUAUGUAAGGAAGAGUGAGAGACAUGUAGACUGAGAACUUAAACCACAAUGCGAUUUGGACAACUCCAAAAAGGCAGAAGAUAAAGGAGGGGUCAACCAAUGUCGCGCCAUGGUGGAUAUUCAACUGGGGCUUCAGACAAAGCACCCUGGCCUAAAGUCAGAACAAAGACACCUCUAACAAAUGUUUGACACCAAAAAAAAAAAAAAAAAAAAAAAAAAAAAACAGGGACCAUGUACUGUGUGAACUGGCCAAAUCUCGAUGCUAUUAAGCUCAUUUGUAAAAGAAAAGCACUGUGAGGUAGAUUGGCAAUGUGUUCCCCUGUAACCCAAGAGCUGAAUGAGGGAUUAUUUAACCUGGGGGGAGGGUGCAUCCAUUGUGACCAGGCAGCAUGUGUGUGUGUGUGUGUGUGUGUGUGUGUGUGUGUGUGAAUGUGUGAGUGUGUGUGUUCUCCUACUGUAUACGAACCUGUGUAAGGUCUGUGUGUAUGUUGUUUUGUCAGCAGAAGAAGCCUCCCUCGUUUUAUUUUUAGCAGCAUUGCUUCAGUGGAGAUGUGGCGGCCUGGUCGGGUUUCCUCCUGAAGUCAGUCUGUCGCCAACCCACCCCUCCCCUCCAACCGACCCCCGCUCCAUCCCUCUCUCCAUCUCCUGCAUCCCUCUUCAUCCCCUCAUCCCACCACCUAAUGCUCUUUUCUCUUAGCUGCACACUUCCCUGUCUCUCUUACACUAAGGCGUUUUGUUGGCGUCCGGAUCCAGAGCGGCUUACACUGAGUAAAACAGAAUAAAAAUUUUCAGUUGAUAAGAUCCCCAACAUUAAAACUUUGGGGUUUUGUCCCAUGUCUCAAGUAACCAUGCCUGGCACUAGAUCUAGCAUGUUUAAAUGGGUAAAUAAUGACUAAUGUAUAGACCAAAAAAAAAAAAAAAAAGAAAAUAGUCUGAUAA